CAUACCAAACGCUCCAUAAUAACUUUGAAGCGUUCAACUUAUAUCAGAGAUUAAAUUAGGAGUUGGAACACGAAUUAGGGUUUAGUGACUAUUAUACGAUUGGGAUUCGAGUCUAAAGCCCUACGUUUUGCUUGAAGAAUUUUCUCGUGCCAGAUAGGUCUUCCCGGAUUGGAGCAUGAGCGGGCUUUCGAACUUCUUCUCCGUCCUUAAUUUGGACGCAGAAGACGAUAAGGAGCAGAUUGCCAUCCCGAAUGCUGUAUCCGCCAUUGAUGAAAGCUCUGGGCGAAUAUCUGGUGAUGGUGAUGAACAUACCGGUGAAUUAACAGUGAAAAGAGCUCCUUCUAAAAGUCAUAAAUCUAACAAUAAGGUUCUUCAAUUAUCAUCAUCAUUAUCAGGAAACUAUAAACUACCUUUGGUAUGGAUUGACUUGGAAAUGACAGGACUGGAUAUUGAAGUUGAUAGAAUAUUGGAAAUAGCUUGUGUUAUAACUGAUGGUAAAUUGACCACAUCCAUGGAGGGUCCUGAUUUAGUAAUUAACCAGAGCAAGGAGUGCUUGGAUAACAUGGGAGAAUGGUGUAGAGAACAUCAUGCUGCUAGUGGCUUGACAGAAAGAGUUUUGCAAAGCACGAUAACUGAGAAAGAUGCUGAAGAACAGGUAAUAAACUUUGUAAAGAAUCAUAUUGGGUCUCAAACGCCUCUUUUGGCUGGAAAUUCCGUAUAUGUGGACUUCAUGUUUCUGAAGAAGUACAUGCCAUACUUAGCCGGCAUCUUCCCUCAUGUGCUCGUUGAUGUGAGCAGUAUUACUGCAUUGUGCAUGCGCUGGUUUCCUAAAGAAAGGAAGGCUGCUCCUACUAAGGAGAAGAGACACAGAGCCAUGGAUGAUAUCAAAGAAAGUAUCAGAGAGCUAAAAUACUACAAGGAAAGCAUAUUUAAAGGUUUCCGCAAAUCCAAAUAGUGGACAGUCUUUGGCGCUUUGCUGCUUCAGAACAGAUACCUUUUCUGAAACUCUACACGCAUAUUGUAUUAGUGACUAAGAGGCUAAGAAAAUAUGUCACAAUGUUUGUAAAUUUCAUCAUUUUGUAGGAUGGAUGUAGUUUAGAAAUUAACAUCUAAUAUGUUUUGAUGUCUCUAACUUGUGUAACCUCCUCUUACUGGUAGUUAUUGCAGGCUCUAUGCUCCUCAUCUUAUUCAACAACCAUUCAUUGAAGUUUUUAUUAUAUAUAAUCAUGAUUUUAUUGUUUCAA